AAUGUUAAUCAUUAAUAGUCAGGAUUUCGAACAAUACGUUUGUGUUUGCUAAAAUGAUAAAAUGGAUAAUAUUUUUGGCGUUAAUUUUGGUAGCGAAAGGAGAGAGCAAAGAAAUGAGACAGUUGAAUAUAGCCCAGGGACCAGUCCGCGGAUAUAAAGAAGCGGGUGAUGAUAUAUUUGUCUUUCACGGGAUCCCAUACGCAACAGCUCCAACUGGGCCCAACAAAUACAAGGCACCUCUUCCACCGCCCACUUGGACGGUACCAUUCGAAGCGACCAAUAAAAACAUAAUUUGCCCGCAAAUGGAAAGCCGUUAUGUAACAGAUCCAAAUUUAACACGAUCGGAAGAUUGUUUAAUUGCAAACAUAUACGUACCUGAUACAAAAACUAAUAAGUUACCGGUUUUAGUCUACGUUCAUGGAGGUGCGUACCAAAUAGGAUUCGGUGAUUUAACUACAUCAAAGAACUUGAUUAGAGAAAAAGAAAUGAUCAUUGUCAAUUUUAAUUAUCGUCUUGGACCUCAUGGUUUCUUGUGCUUAGGCACACCAGAUGUGCCUGGUAACGCUGGAAUGAAAGACCAAGUGGCCUUACUUCGCUGGGUUAAGAAAAAUAUUGCCAGUUUCGGUGGUAAUCCUGAUGAUGUUACAAUAAUAGGAUAUAGUGCUGGAUCUUCUGCGGUAGACUUGCUUAUGCUUUCGCCGAUGACGAAAGGUUUAUUCAGUAAAGUUAUACCAGAGAGUGGGUCAAAUAUGGCACUUUUCAGUGCUCAAGGAAAUCCAGUAGAAAUCGCUAAAUCUUACGCUAAGUUAAUAAACUUUACUGGCAAUGAAGAUGACGUUUAUGCUCUCGAAGAGUUUUACAAAACAGUUCCAAAAGAAGUUUUGCAUUCUUUUGAUGCAUUUAAUCAAAAAGAUUCCACAUUCUUUUUUUCGCCUUGUGUGGAACGCGAUGUAGGACAAGAAAUGUUUCUUGAUGACGCGCCUGUAAAUAUUUUGAAGGCAGGUAAACAACAGAAGUUGCCUAUGCUUUAUGGAUUUGAUGAAAUGGAGGGACUGUUUAGAGUACCAUGGUUUGAUCAUUGGAAAGAUAGCAUGAAUACAAAGUUCUCCGACUUCUUACCGGGUGAUCUUCACUUUGACAGCGAAUCGGAAAAAGAAGAGGUGGCAGAGAGAAUAAAGAGAUUCUAUUUUGGCAAUCUACCAAUUAGCGAAGAAACAAUAUUUAGAUAUAUAGAUUAUUUCACAGAUGUUAUGUUUGCUUAUUCCACUUUACGAUCCGUGAGGUUGCAAGUGGAGUCUGGAAACAACAACAUUUAUCUGUAUCGAUUUGACUUCGUGGACGACAGCGAGUCGCUCAUACCUUACACUGAGAUCCGCGGCGCCGAUCAUGUUGCGCAGACUUUUGGGGUCAUUGAUGGGUCGUGGUCAAGCUCAACUGAAGAUGAACUCUCUAUAGAUACAAAGAAAAUGAAAAAAAUAAUGCGUAAAAUAUGGUCUACUUUCAUUACCACAGGAAAACCUGUGUCCGAGAAUUCGGAUCUUCCUCAGUGGCCUCCUACUAGAGCUAAUGGCGGUCCUCAUAUGUGUAUAGACAAAUCGCUGAAGCUGCGGGGACCACUGAUACAGCAACGCGUUCUCUUUUGGGACGAGAUUUAUGAUAAAUAUUAUAAAAUCCCAACACCGCCACCUUCACCACCGCCGAGGCAAAAAGUAGAGUUGUAAUCACGUUUUCUUUUAUUUUUCUAUAUGAAUAAAUGUAAACUAGUACCAUUGAGGAAUACUUCUUUAUUUCGUUGUUGACAAACUGUUUAUAAUUAUUA